CGUUGCGUACAACAGGCCAUUUCUGUUAUCGCUGCUUAAGAAUUUUUGCUUUUGGAUUUAGAACAAUUCGAAAGAGUGCAUCCAACGAAUUUUUUUUGUCAUUUGCGAAGUGUAGAGCAUCUCAUGUUGAAGGCAUUUUUAUUGCAUUUUGUCGAGAAUAUUUGUCAAAGUGAUGGAAAAAUUUAGAAUUUAAUAUCAAAUUGUGAGAAUUUUUUUUAUUUCCGUUUGUUGACAAAAGUGGAUAUUGGACGAGACAGGAAGAAGGAAGAAAACAAAUAAAAAUUAUUUUUUUGCAAUUUUUUUUCGUUUGUUCGUUCUGGGUACGAAGGUAGUGUCAACGACGAGAACACACUGCAUUUGGAUUUUGGGAUUUUUCUUUACAUAACGAUUUGGUUGAACGUGAUUUUUUAUCAUUUCGUCAUUCACCAAAGAAAAAGUUAAUGAAAACUUGCAAUCUGAAUUAUUAGCCCAAAGGCGUGUUAGCACCGAUGAAUAAACGUUAUUGAAUAAAAGACGACAAAGUUGGCUAUUGUGAAAUUUAAAGACACCAUUGAUUCGAAAGUGACACAGUGAUUUAUUGUUUGCCAAGAAUUACCAAGUUCUUCGUUUGGUGCGUGCUAUCAACCAAUUUGAAGUGAAUUUUCUGAACUCACAAAGUUUUGAACAAUAAUAACAACGAACCCAUUCUUUUGUUGAACAAGAAAAAAAACAGGAGAAGAAGAGAAAAGAAAAACAAUCAUUGCGCAACGUGUAAAAACGCGCGAGAAAAUUGAACAAGAACAUUUGUGGUGCUAAAAUCGAUUUUGGCUGGAUUAAUUACAGUGACACAAGCGAUAAUUAUUAUUUGACAGAAAAAAAGAAUUAAGACGUAAUUGCUUUGCCAAGUGACCAAAUAUAACGAGCCACUUGAAACGUUGAGCUGAAGCCAUUGCACAGGGCAAAAAAGAGGAUAUCAGAACAACGAGCAGUGUUAGAGUGAGCGCGCGAGAGAAAGAGAUAGAGUAUUAAACCACUACACAACCAGAAGAAGAAGAAAAAAACCGAAAAUGACGUCAAUACUACAGCGACAUAUUGCACUGAUGCUGGUGAUAAUGUGCGUUGUGUGCACAAUUGAAAGCACACGCGAUCGCACACCAAAUAAUCGAAGACGUGACCGACCCGUCGUCAGUACGACGAACAAUUUGUGUGAAAAAGGCGUUGACAUGAAGCUACUGUGCCACUGCAACCAUGACCAUUACAAGCAGAAAAUCAAUGAAGUCGAUUGUUUCUUAUUGCACGAAGAAUUCCCACAGUCAGAUCCAUCUUGGUUCGCUUUCAACAGUCAUCCGAACAUUAAGCACAUCCAGUUGACGGUAACCCAGCACGGAUUCUUAGGCUAUUUGCCAAUUGAUGUGUUCCGUCGACAACGCGAUUUACAAACAUUGAACAUUCAAUAUGGCAAUAUCCGGGAAAUUCCAUCCUAUGCAUUCAGCAAUUUGACACGAGUACAUAACAUUACAUUGGAACACAAUCAAGUUGAAGUGUUGAAUGCGUUUGCAUUUGCCAAUCAUGCCGCUUUGGCCGAACUAAAUCUACAAUUGAAUCAAAUCACCAGCAUUAAUCGAUUGGCCUUUGUCAAUUUACCCAAAUUAGAGGAAUUAAUACUGAGCCACAACAAUAUUUCAACAUUGCCGAACGAUGUGUUCGCCAACAUCACCAAUCUCAAUAAAUUGAGAUUGAACGAUAAUUUAUUGACGGCAUUAACGCGUGACGUAUUCAAAGGUUUGGGCAAAUUAAUGCAGCUUGACUUGAGCGUAAACAAUUUGAAAAGCCUUGGUGAUGGCGUUUUCGCUGAACUAUGGAGUCUACAGGAGCUUUAUUUGGAAAAUAACAGUCUUGAACGGAUCUCCGAACGAGCUUUUGAUGGUUUGAAUAAUUUACGCAUUCUUCAUUUACAAAAUAACAAAAUCGCUCUGUUGGAAAAUGGUGUGUUCAGCACGGUGCCAGCGGUGACCACAUUGAAUUUGAAUAAUAAUCUGUUGGAAUGGUUAACCUAUACAACAGUUCUGCCAAUCAUGGAUAAUUUGGUCAAUAAUACAUCCAGCGUUCUGUCAAUUUCGGAGAAUCGUUUCAUUUGUGAAUGCCGUUUACGAUGGAUUUUCGACUUGCACAAUCAGACAAAGAAUCGUGAAUUGAAACAAUCAUUGGAGCGCAUAACUUGUAUGUUGGAGCAUGCCCACCAGGUGGUCAACGAUAAUGCAUUGAAUGAUCCACGCUAUCAGAUUCACUUUGAGACCAAUCCACGUAAUGCUCAGCCCAUGGAUUUCGAUGUACAUAAUGAUUUGAGCAUACCAACGAAUCACAUUAACGAGCGCCAUUCAUCGUCCAAACUACACUCAUCCGAAAAAGUCGAACUCCUAAACUUGAAUCCAAAUCAAUUGCCAUGCGAAGCGGUAACUGAUCCCACUGAGCUGCCAUUGCAACGCGAAUCAGUGUCUGGCUACGAUAUUGGCGGCUUCAAACUAUUCGCAUCAUCAGGCAGUUCCCAUGAUAUUGCCACAAAUUUCAUUGUCACUGCCAUUUUGGCCAUUUCCACCGCGAUAAUCCUGUCAUAAAAUCACUAAUGCGAUAUACACAGGAAGUGACUUCUUUUUUUUAAAUGAAAAUCGAUAAAAUAUUUUACCGUGUUUUCCAAUUCAAUUAAUUAGACAUCUUCUUUAGCUUUGAUUUUUGCCACUUUUUUCAAUUCAUUUUCGUCCAUGACUUCAUUGUUUUUCCCCCAAGCCUAGGCACUCUUUCUACUUUCGUUUCUAUUUUAGCUUUAAAAAGAAUACAAAAUGAAUUCAUACUCUAUAUUCUUACACUAGACCAGAUGGCAUGACAAAAAAAAAAACAAUUUAUGUGGACGAUUAUAGCUAUCGGUGCAGAAUUAUAUGUCAUACAGUUUUAAAGAAGAAAACAGAUAAUUUGAUGAAAAACUUAUUACGUGUACACCCAUAUAGCAGUUAAGAAUUGCAUUUGAAAUUGACAUUCAAAACAUAAACGAAAAAUUGGAAAUGGAAUCACUAGUUAGGCAAAUAUUAUCCCAUUGAUUUCAUUGUAGCGUGCCCCUCAAAACAGAAAAUUCCAAAAAAAAAACAAUCAUUUAAAAACGAACAGCCGAAAGAAGUAGAAGAAGGAAAUUUGAAACGAGUCGGCGAAUUGGGUAUUUGAAUGAAAGACAAAUUGAAACGUUGUUAGUAUUUUUUUUUGGAAGAUAUAGACGUGGCCGGUUAGAUUUUAAAUGAGCAAAUCUUCACUUUGUUGAGUUGACCGAGAUUCAAUGUAUCUGAUAAAAUGUAGAUGUUUAAGUCAGUUUAUAUACCAGGAUAAAUCGUUUUUUGCUCAGCCGCACUGAAACCUGUUUGGUCCAUCGUUCUCGGACACCAUUCAACAUCAUCUCGUUCGAUCGACAUACAAGCCAUGUCGAAAAACGAUUCGCCAAAAAGCACGUUUUAAUCUCUUUUGAAAGAAAAAAAAACAAACACCUUGAUGACAAAUUAAAAUAGACAAAAGAAAACAUUUAAAAAAAUCGUAAAAAAAUAUUUUUGUGUAAAACAAUCAAUGAAAGGAAAUACCAGGUAAAUGGUGUGGUUGGGAAAGAGAUAAAUGAAUAAAGGAGAAAUCCACACGAGAAUUUAAAAGAAAAACAAACCAAAUUUAAAGGCAAACUUAUUCUUGUUAUUAGAUUGUCGCAAAUGUUCGUCAGCAUAAGUAUAAGUUAAACAAGUAACACAGCUAAGGCCAAGAAGUUCAUGUAUACAAAAUCGACACUACAUAAAUGGCGUCUUAUUCGAUGUAUGUACGUGUGAUUCUAUUUGCCUGUCUAUGCAUCCGAAUACACAUGGCAGAAAAGAAUGGAAGAGAGCAGAAAUUAAAAGUCGACGAAAUGAAUUUCGGCCAAGAUUUCACCGAGGCUCUAAGAUUAAAUGAUGAUUUAAAAUAUUUUGAAGGGUAUUUUUUAAACAAUAAACAUUUUUUUUUUCGCUUAAUGCAAUUUGAUUAUAAGAUUGUUGAAUUUAGUGCAUUCGAUCAAAGAUCCAGCAUGCAGAACAAACGACCAAUGUUUUGGUAAAUGUGGAUAUGGAACACACACGCAUGUGUUCAUGCGUGCAAUACAAAUGCCAAACAUUCGUUCUGCAUCCAGCAUCAUCUUUGAAUUUCUUCACCAAGCUCUUAAAACUACUCACAUUCUUUUUUUUCUGUUUGAACACACGUUCUUUUGACAGCUAUGUUCAACUUUGAUUUACGUUUCAGUUUAAAUUCAUUUCCAAUGUGCUUACUUCGGUUUUGAAACUAUAAUAUUCCUAUAUUCGAAUUAAUGAGUGUGACAAACAUUUUAAAACUAUUCGAACACAAAAUGUCUGUCAAUUUUUUUAUAUACAAAAAAAAAGAAUAUCUUUAACAAAAAAAAUGCAACCAAAAAAAAAUGAACAAGAACGAACAGAAUUUCGAUUGAAUUUUAGCAAUUUUUUUUCUUUUGUAUCGUAAAUAUUAUGACUUAAAUUAAUCGAUUACACAUUUACAAUAAAUAUAGACAUGAGAAAAUUAUUGUGGAUUUAAAUGUGAAAUACAUUCAAAUGCAUAAAAUCAACAAUAUACAUUGAACAACAAGAAAGAAAAAAUGAAACAGAAUAUUGUAAACGUUUAGUUUUUUUGAGAGAAAAAAAAUGAUGAUAAAAAUUGAUGAAAAGAAUACUUUAAACUUAAGAUAUAUUUAGGUCUAAGUCAGCGUUGCCCCACACACACAAAAACAAUUUAUUAACCAAAAAAAAACAUGCAGAACACAUCACAUCCGACCUUUUCAAUGUACUCACACUCCAUUAUUAUAUUGAUGUAUUCGAAUGCAUACCAAAAGCAGAUUAUCAAUACGAUAAUUUGUUCCGCGAAAAUUCGAAUUUAAUGUAAACGUGCGUGCGCCCUUCCCCACAAUACUGCAAUCGAUUGAUCAGAAUCGGGCCCCGGUGAAUGUGAAUGUGUUUUAUAUGUACUGUUCCACCUCGAUGUCGACCUUCUCAAACACUAAAUGUACACACAACAACCAAAUUUAUUGAUAAUUCACGUAAUAUUACUGCGAAUCGAAAUAGAAGAAAAACCAACACAAUUUUAACUGCGAUGCAACUAAGUGAAAAAUGCAACCAAUAAAUAUUUCAAA